AUGGGGAGCAAAGCCCUGCACGCUCCGAUCCCCCUGCACCCGGCCCUUCAGCUCACAAACUACUCCUUCCUGCAGGCCGUCAACACGUUCCCAGCUGACCAGCUGCAGGGACUGUACGGCCUCAGCGCGGUGCAAACCAUGCACAUGAACCACUGGACUCUUGGUUACCCGCACAUUCAAGGACUGAGGUCGACGAUCACGGAGAUGGCAGCUGCGCAGGGUCUGGUCGACCCCAGGCUGCCCUUCCCAGCGAUACCCUUCUCAGCCGCAGCGCAGCUCUUUCAUCAAAAACAGGCAGCCGUGGGGCACGGCAUCCCGUCGCUGCACAAGGACAGGCCGAGGUUUGACUUCGCCAACCUGGCCCUCGCUGCCACUCAGGAGGACCCGCCGAAAGCUGUGGAUCUGGCGAAGUUGGCGUCGGGGCUAGGGGGAACGAUUUCCGAGCUGAGCAAGCUGUCCCCGGAAAGAAAACCCACCCGGGGUAGACUCCCGUCCAAAACUAAAAAGGAAUUUAUUUGCAAGUUCUGCGGCAGACAUUUCACCAAGUCCUACAACCUCCUCAUCCACGAGAGAACCCACACAGACGAACGACCGUACACCUGUGAUAUUUGCCACAAGGCUUUCCGAAGACAAGACCAUCUCCGAGACCACAGAUACAUCCACUCCAAGGAAAAACCAUUCAAAUGUCAAGAAUGUGGGAAAGGAUUCUGUCAGUCUCGAACUCUAGCCGUCCAUAAAACCUUACAUAUGCAGGAGUCUCCCCACAAAUGCCCCACAUGCGGAAGAACCUUUAAUCAAAGAAGUAACCUGAAAACUCACCUUCUCACCCAUACAGACAUCAAGCCCUACAGCUGUGGCCGCUGCGGAAAGGUGUUUCGGCGCAACUGUGACUUGCGACGGCACAGUUUGACGCACAGCCCACAUCAGGACUACUAG